CUACACUCUACUCAACAUCCUUCACUCUCUUCCAACAUCAUGCUCCGCUCAUUCAUUACUCGUGCAUCCCCUGUCCAGAGUAUUGCCAAACGCGCUCUCUCGACUGGCAUUCCCAAGACUUCCCCACUUUGGACUCUUGGCCGUUUGAAUCAUGUUGCUAUUGCUGUUCCAGAUAUUGAUCAGUCUACAGCUUUUUAUCGCGACUUGAUGGGUGCAAAAGUUAGCGAGAAAGUGCCACUACCUGAGCACGGCGUUUACACAGUCUUUGUAGAGUUGGGCAAUACAAAGAUUGAGCUUCUUCAUCCAUACGGUGAGAGCUCUCCCAUCCAGGGAUUUCUCAAUAAGAACAAAUCUGGAGGUAUCCAUCAUAUUUGCAUCGAGGUCGAUGAUGUCACCAAGGCUGUGAAUGAUUUGAUGGCAAAGGGUAUCAAGGCCUUGAAUCCUGUUCCAAAAAUUGGCGCUCAUGGCAAACCUGUCGUGUUCCUGCACCCUAAGGAUUGUCAUGGAACCUUGGUUGAACUUGAACAGAGUUAGACAACAAAUUAAAUAAUACAUAUAAUGAAGGUCACCAAG